AUGUCCUCCAACUAUGGAUAUCUGCCUGGAAGCGUCAAAACCACGGCUUUUCAAAAUCGUAAUAAGCCUGGUGGUGUCUACGACAAAAUCGCUACUGGAUUUGCGAAAAUGGGCGCUAACGCAAUAGCUAAUGCCGAACUGAAUGAGGACUUCUUCCGCUUCAACUUCGGUCAGGCGUGGUCAGCUAAUUAUUCUUUUCGCGGCAUUGAUUCUAAGCAAUAUACGGGAAACGUAUUCGGUGAAAUUGUUGGGCAAGCGUAUGGGACACACAUAGGUGCUCAAGGUAACCACUUUAUUGGCAACGAUCCCGCCAAGCCUAAGUUACUCGAUGACUAUACGAAGACAAAAUGCACGAUUGCUUUGGGUUGCCCUAGUUUCGCGACGCCUGCAGUAUCAGAUUUAUUCUACAACCAAAUCUGCACAUUGAGCAGCGUCCGGGAUGCUGACAAAGAAGAAGAAACACGCUCUGACUCGAUGGUCAUUCCGAAAGAAAUGGUCAAAUCCUUUAGACCGGGUGGGGAAUUAGACGGGAUUGUUCUUACCGGCCCUCCGUUGUACACGGUACUUAAACGGAACACAAACUCUGACAAUUCAAACUCCUUCUCGCCCACCUCACCAACGAAAAGAAAUCUCAGAAAGCGUAACUGGUCUGCAUCUAAUGACGGCGAGGCCCAAGAUCAAGAAGACAUUUCUCCGCUCGACAGCUCACCAACCGCUUUGAUUCUACCAACCUCCCAACAAAUAUACGUUGGUGCGGAAUAUGAUCAUCGUUUAAUGCCCGAUUUCGGUGGACCAGUAUUCGCAAUGAGGCAAGCGAAAUUAAUUCAACCUCAAUGGACCAAUAUCAACAACGACCUGAUUGUCCCCUGGGAAUAUUACAACUAUCUGAGAGCCGGAACUGUCGUGGUCGCUACGAUUUGCAUCGAAGUCUUUGUCAUGCCGGCUGGAACUGGUAACAAUGCAAUAAGAAAGAUCUACCAUGCAUCCAUCACUUCCCUCAGAGUCGUUGCCGAAUCAGAUCUUGUCAUAUUACCUCCCACACCGUUUAUCAGAAAGAAAACGUCGGAACGACAACCUGAGCUUUCUUCUUCAGCGACGACGGCUUUGGCCGCAAUCGAUUGGGCAGCGUCAUCAACCCCUCCCAGUACUUCUGGCUCUGAUCACACACUAGACGAUUCCAACGACAAUACGGAAGGUAAUCUGGAAAAAACUGGGCAUAUCACUGAACGAAAGGAGGCUCCCGAUGUAACUGUGGAAUCAAGUACGACAAUGGAGGAUCCGACUGUAAUCAAUAAUGGCCAAAAUGCCUUUGAGAAUCGCAUCGAUCAUAUUGGGGAAAGCAAAAAAAAGAGGGCAAGAAAGUAA